AGGAGCAGCCUUGCCCUCAGCAGCUCACAGCCCUGCCCCACAAGGAUGUGUCACAGAAGGGUUGGUAAAGACCACAGGAGCCUCAGCUCAGGUGAGGCUUUCCACAGAGCCCAGAGAUCUUAUCCUGGAACUCUGAAAGCACAGGAGAAUCAGGAGCCAGCCCUGGCUCAAGGCACAGCAACCCUGCUGAAACAAGAGAAGGGAGCAAAGGCUGAGGAGGCAGGGCAGGAACGGCUGCAGAGCCUGUUCAAAGAGAGGCAUCUGCAGCUGGAGAACAGAACAGAGAUCCCAGAGCGACACGUGUCUGUGGAGAGUUACACAGAGAUGUGUCAAAGUUUGUGAAAAGCCACUUAUAAACAAGGUAAUGACAUCUUACGAACAAUGCCUCUUCUAAAAAUCAGUGAAUUCACAUGAUGGAACCAAUAGAUCAGCAGUGACUGCCUCAGGAAUUUGAGACAAUGUUCUUCCAGCAUUCAGCUUUUGAAAGUUCAGUAAUAAUAACAACAGUUGUAACUGUAAUAGGAUAGAAAAAGGGAUAUUUCCAGUGCUGGGUGCUCCAGGUAAACCGCCAAAGAACACACCAGGCUAUACAGACAACGUUAUUUUUAUACUAUAUAUUGCGGAGGUCCAUGCCUGUUCUUGUAUUUCAUGCCUUAUUCAAACAUUCUUUCGAACUUUCUGAUGUUGUGGGAACUCUUGUCUGACUUCUUCACACUCUAAUCUGCAUGACAUCCUGGGUGUCAGGUCAAUGUGUUUUAUUUUUUCUUGUGUCUCCAUCUUGCUGUUUCACAUACUCUGAUAAGGAUGUUUUCCGUAGUUAGAUGUUAGACGUUUAGUAUGUUCCCCUUAACUUUAACGUGGUAUUCUCUAAUUGUCCUCCGGUGCUCUGGUUUGUGUCACCAUUAUUGUAUGUCUUGGACAUCCUAGUCAAUGGAUGGCCUUACACUGUUUUUAGUUACACAAAAGCCUUUUUCACAUCUGAUGUUUUGCUCAGAUCUAUAAUACAGUACAUUCACCACACUAUUAUUUCCAUAAGUGAUACAUAGAUGUUAUAUACUUUACACUACUAUGUCUAUGAGCAAUACAGUGCAUACUUAAGCUGAUGGAUUAUAUUGUACUAGCAUCCAGCUAGAAAGAGUUAUAAUUGAUACUAUAUCGAAAUAGCUAUAAUCGCUAACAACAUGCAUGGGCUAAUAGGUAAAUGCGAAAGCCAAAGUUACCGGGUCGUUUUUCACCCGGGCAGGGCAGGGAGCCCCAGCGGCCGUGCCGGCUGAGCUCGGUGUCGCCGGGCUGCCAGGCGCCGGGGCAGGGACUGCGGGGACAAUGGCGAGCAGCCGGCGCUGCUGGCUCCUGGCCCUCGGCAGGCGCACUCGGAGCCGCAGCUGCCCCGGGCCAGCAGCAGGCGGCAGCUCGCAGCGCUGUCAGCGCCUGUCCCGGCACGGAGCUGGGCUGCAGCGGCUGCGGAGCCCCCGGGCCGGGGCUGCGGGCACCGCGCAGCUCCCGCAGGCUGCGCUUGUCUCCGCAGCUGCUGCCGCAGCUCUGGGCAGCGGGGACAGCGCAGCCAGAGCUGGCAGCGCCCUCCUGAGCCUCGGGCUGCCGCAGGGCCGGCACCAGCAGCGACCUCUCUGCGUGUCCCUUGCAGGGUGCCAGCAGCGCGGCUGCAAAGCUGCUCCCGAGGCCGAGCUCCCAAAGGAUCUGUCAGCACUCCUGAUGGGUCGGCAGCAAGGUGCUGAUUGUUCCAGGCGGAGAGAUUCCGGCUGUGAGCAGGAGGAGAGUGAAUUGUGCUCCAUUCGUGGAGUUGUGAAUGAGCCCCAGCAUCCCCAGGAGGGACCAGCAGCCGGGGUUCCACACUCGCCUGGGGCACAAGAAGCCACUUGGCAUCAGCAGGGGGCUGCCACUUGUGAGCGAGCAGUGAGGGAAGAUGUGGAGAAUGGAUUCUGCACCAGGGAUGGGAGUGUGAGGGAGCCCCUGGACCCCCAGGGCACAUCAGCAACCGGCAAUGAACACAAAAGGGACCUCAGAAGAUUGCUGGGUGAAUGCUUCAGGAGCCAUCCCGUGGGCACGGCGCUGCUGAUUCUGCUGCUCCUGGUGCUGCUGCUGGCUUUGGGGGUGGCCUUGGCUGUGCUGGCAGCAGCAGCAGCAGCAGCAGCACAGGUUCCAGUGACACCUGCCACUCCACAGUGUGUUCUGGGCUGUCCCCCUGGCUGGGUUGGCUACAAUGGGGUGUGCUAUUACUUGUCAAGGGAUUACAGCAGCUGGGAGCAGGCUGAGGAACGGUGCUCGGAGCUCGGGGCCUCCCUGGCCAUUCUGAAGGAUGAGGAGGCCAUGGGUUUGCUCUUCCGCCUCCGCGGGAACGGCGAUUACUGGCUCGGGCUGCGCAGACGGGGCGAGCGCCUGCACUGGGGGGACGGCAGCAGCUACAGCUCCCGGGUUCCUGUCCUCGGCAAUUCCGACUGUGUGUACCUGGCUGACGGGGAGAGAUUCAGGAGUGAGUUCUGCUCAAAUGAGCGGCCGUAUGUCUGCAGCAAGGCCCAGGCUCCCCUGUAACUGGGGCUGCAGAAAGGACCUUCUCCAUGCUGGGCAGUGCCAGCUUCACCUCUCAGCCCAGCCCAGGGCUGUCCUUGCUCAGCUGCACCCUGUGCCUUGCCCUCGCUCUCAGGGUCACCUCAGUGCCUCUUCAUCCAUGCCCAGUGCCAGCGCUGGGCUGGGGGUGCAAAGGAAAAGGCUCUGCAAUCCAUCCUGCCCCCGAUGCUGCCUGGAGUGAGUGCAUUGCCCUCAUUGCACAACAAGCUCCAAUGGGAAAUCCAAAUCGCCCUGGGAUCUUGGAAAUCAUCACAAAGUGGCCAGAAUGUGACACUUUUCGACUGUCUUUGAAAGAGGAAGCACAGGUGACACAUGCUGAGGAGGAAUCCCACUUUUGGCAUCAGGCACCUGACUGUGGAGAAUAGUCUGCUGUCUGUCUGUCUGCUGUGAAGCAUCUGACUGUGGGAGGAAUCCCAGGCUGGAGCAGGACAAGGAUUUGUCUCCCUGCAGGAGAAGCAGUGACAUGACGUGACUGUAACCCCCAUCCCCCUGUGCCGCUGUGUGGGGAGGAGGGAGGGAGGGAACUGGGGACAAAGUGAAGCCCAGGAAGGAUAGAACAGUGUGGAGAAGGUGCAUUUUUUAGAUUUGGUGUACAUCUCACUGGCUUGCUCUGAUUUCUUUGAUAAUAAAUUCAGUUCAAUUUAAUGUCCCCGCUCUGGGCCUGUUCAGCCCAUGAUGGUGAGAGAUCUCUGGCUGCCUCUGUUGAGAGCCCCGAGCCUUUCCUGCUGUGCUCUGUUGCCUGCCCAGGGGCAGCAGCAGAGGCACAGAGCGGUUUUGCUGCCCCGGGCCCCUGGCCUGGCCCGGCCCAGCCCAAGAAUCGCUGCCAUCAUUCCCUGCACCAGGACCCGGCCCCACGGCGGCUCCGGGAGUUCCGAGUGGGCAAAACGGGAGCGAGGGAGAGGAGGCAGCUGGUGCCAGUGGCUGAAAUGGCUUUGCUGCUAGCUGGCAGGGAGAAAGUGGAGCAAAGUGAAGGGGAGAGAAAGAGGGACAAGGCUGGAGCGGUGGAAGCCAGCAGGGAUGGCCAUGGGGCAGGCGGGCAUUUUGCUUUCCAGCUCUGUGGGAGGAAACCAAGAGCUGUCAAAUCCAUGGAGGAGAAGAGGGCAGAAAUAGCAGGUGGUGGAAAUCUCUGCCAAUUGGGAUUGAUUUGAUCUGCCUGCACUGCACAGGCCGACAGACUCCGAGCACCGCCAGCGUUGGGAUGUGCCUGGCCCUGCCCCUGCCCUGCUGCAGCAGCCCCUGCUGAGAUGGCCCCUUGUCUCUAAAGGAGCUGCCCCAAGGGACGGGUGAAGUGCUGCUGCAAUAAGAUUGAGAGAAUAAAAUAAACAGAAUAAAAAUGUGCACCACCACAUCUUCUUCACUCACUAAUACUAAAAGAGCUGCCCCAAGGCACUGUCUGGGUGGUGAUGCUGAUUAAAAAGAAUCACAGGAAUGGCAGCAAAAUAUGAAGGCAAUGGUAUAAAAUAUUCUAAAAAUAUUGCACCAUCAGUUCCCUCUGCCAAAGUGUCACAAAUACAGCUGGAUGAAUGGAUUGUCAGGACAGUGAAGGGUGUAAGAACAGUGGGGACAGGCUGGAAGAAAUAUCAGGAAUAGAAUAGAGAGAAUGGUGUAAAAUGUUAUAAAAGUACAGCACCAGCAGUGGUCUCUGCCCCACAUCUAAAAGAGCUGCACUGAGGGACCAUUGGGGCAGUGCUGGUUAAGAAGUGAGGCAUGGGAAGUGUGAAGGGAAUAAAAUAGAAUGGUAAAAGAAAAAAUUAUAACAGAACUGCACCAGGAAUGGCCACUGACCUCUGCCACUAACAGAGCUGCACUGAGGGACAGCCACACGUUUCCCUUUCCACACGGAAAUGCUGUGACUUGCCUUCUCCCUAACAACCAUCAGUGGGACUUUCAAGGCCAGCAGGUACACUCAGAGGUCCAGAAUCAGCAUUACAGUGGGAAAACUGGGGUUGGCAUCAGCUGUGACCACCAUCAGGAAGAGCACAGGAGCAGAAAUAGAGAUUUCCCAGCUCCCUCCCAGGGAGAGCAGCAUCAGCACAGGGACAGAAAAUGCUGCUGUAACAUCCUUUCCCACUGGUCCCUGUGCCCAGCUGUAGGCAGCAUCCUUUAGCUAGUGCUCUUCAGUGUUUUUACCCAUGGAAAUACUGCACAGGGACACAGAAGAUUUACCAGCAUGUUAAAAAGAAGCUAAGACCAGGAAGGAUGACAUUUGGGAUAGGGACAGAAGCAAUUCACACAUCAUAUGAGUUAAAUAUGGCUGCUGUGAGUAUGCAGCACAGAGGAGAGCUAGAUUAAAUUAGAAUAUAUUCCAAAUCUAUUUGGCCUUAUAACUGCAGGUAAGGUUUAUAACCCUCAAGAACGAAAAAAAAAAAUCCGAAAUCUGGUCUGACCUAAUUUGUCUGUGGAGUUUGGAGGGCCUCUCUUGGGGGUAUGUGGGGGUGGUCUGUAGGAUUUGGGAGGGGGCCUAAAGUUUGGGGGUACCUCUGGGAGUCCUGCUCUUUUUCCUUCAGAUUUUCCAUCCUUUUUUUGCUCAUGUUUUGCACCCUUUUCUCCUCACCUUUCUAGAGCUUUCCUGCUUCUUAAAUGCCACCUUUUCACUAUUAUGCCAUCUCCAUUUUUUAACUUUUCCCCACUUUUUUCCACUGCUUUUUUUUCCUCAUUUUCCACAUUUUUUCUGCCCUUUUUUUCCACCACAUUUUUUCCUCCAUUUUUUACCUCUGCCAUACUUUCCUGCCAUCUUCCCCCCCCACCCCGCUUUUUCCUCUGCUUUUUUCCCAUGUUUUUCCCCCCACACUUCUUUUCCACCAUUUUUGCCACCCUUUCCCCCAUCAUUUUGCCACUUUUUCCCCCACCCUUUUUGAACAUCUUUUUUUCCCCCGUUUUUUGCCGCUUUUUUUUUUUCCAGCUCAUUUUUUGCCCCUCAAUAUAAACCCCUCAAAUUGAUGGAAUGAAAUUGUAUCUACCAAUUUAAACCAAAAAAAAAACCCGGCACAACAGAGACUCCUCAUUAAUUUAAAAAUGAUGAAAAUGGAAGGUUUGCUCUCAUUUCAUAUCAUUAAAAUUGCAACAUAAAGGGUCUUCCCUGAUCUGUUUCAGGAAGAAAAGGGG